GGGAAAGGAAAAGGGAAAAGAGAAAAGAUAGAACUCCGAGACCCUAGAGUCCAUCCUCCAUUCCCCAAUUAAACACGGUAUUAUUGCAUUCCACGGCUCCCCAAAUCCAAGUAAUUGACGUCCUCACGCCUGGAAUCUCUUCUCCCUUGCGUCAGGAAACACUUAACUGACUUCACGCAUUCCCAGUGGCUCAAUAGUACGCGCAAAAAAAAAAGGACGACAUAUUCGUCGUGUCCGUCCCUUUGGUAACCAUCGUUCUGGGUCUCGUUUCUCUUUUUCUUUCGAUACCACACCCCCUCCCCCCUAUUCCACUCCGUACUACGGAGAAUCCAUCGAAAGAAAGCAAAAGAGGAAAGGGGAGAGGGUUAAGAUGGGGUCUAUGGGGGAACGGACGGGAGAUCAGUGGAUCGGUCACCGCAUACGGAGUACCCACUAUACUUUCUCACAUCUCUACCUUCCUCCCUUUUGCCCCGUUUGCGCCCCGUUUAAGGAAAGAAAAAGGGAAAAACUUAAGGUAUAGAGGCUAGGGUUAGGUAUGUUGGGGUCCUGGAAUGACUGGUCGAAAUCUGAUUUACUGGCGGUGUGAGAUUAGCUGAGUAUUACCUAUUCCGGCGGGUGUGUGGUUUCUAUGGAUUCGGAUGCAUCGAUAUAACCGUACCUAUCUGCCGUAGAUAAGGAUAAAGACAAAGGAGGAUGUAAGCGAGCAAGUGGUAUGACGCUUGAGUCUGGCUCAUUUUAAUAUCUACGAUCCAUGAGCCGCGGCGGUAUGUCUGGCUGCGCUGAACAGAACCAACCUACGUACUCCGUAUGUACAAUGUACGGAUCGUCGAUACAUACUAUCACCGGCCGAAAACCUACGAUGAGAGAUCGGAGUACCCGUCUUUUCACACUAAAGCGCGACAUGAUCGUCCGGUCCGAUUGAUGGCUUUCGCUAUUCUUAUGACUUUAGUAAUCCUCUUAAGGGUGAUGAUCAUAAUAUGAG